AUGUCUCUCCCACAAAGCAUGAAGGCCGUCGUCUUCGAUGGACCCCGCAGUAUCUCUGUUCAAGAUCGGCCAGUUCCCCAGAUCAGGGACGAUGAAGAUAUCAUUGUCAAAGUGAGCGCCACUGCUCUCUGUGGCUCCGAGCUGCAUGUUUACCGCGGUCACCAGCCAUCGGAAACUGGAUUCAUCAUGGGACACGAGUUCACUGGCACCGUGGUAGCUGCAGGCCCGGCGGUCAAGUCAGUAGCAGUUGGUGACAAGGUGGUAGCACCUUUUACAGCAUCGUGCGGCAAGUGCUUUUUCUGUAGAAAUGAAGCCACUGCACGCUGUGAGAAGUCCAUGCUUUUUGGAUCGACCAAGCUGGAUGGUGGCCAGGCCGAAUACGUCCGCGUCCCAAUGGCCGAUGGCACAGUCUCGAAAGCCCCCCCCUCAAUCUCAGAUGAGGCACUCAUUCUCAUGGCGGACAUCUUUCCAACCGGUUUCUUUGGUGUCAAGUCGGCAAUCAGCCUUGCGCCGCCCACACUCAGCGUUCAGGAGUCCACCAUGGUCGUUAUUGGAUGCGGUCCCGUUGGCUUGUGUGCGAUCGUUGCGGCCGCUGAGUUGAAGCCCAAGCAUCUAUUUGCCAUUGACAGCGUCGACAGCAGACUCAGACAGGCGCAGCAGCUUGGUGCCGAACCUCUAAACUUUGCCAAAGACAAGGAGGGAAUGCUGGCGAGAAUCCUGGAAGCUACGCAUGGGAGAGGCGCAGACUUGGUCGUUGAGGUCGUGGGACUUUCACCGGCCUUAAGGACGGCUUUUGAUACUGUGAGGCCAUUUGGGGUGAUUAGUAGCAUCGGCGUUCACAAUGCAGAGAUUCCAUGGUCUGGAAGCGAGGCUUAUGGCAAGAACCUUCGCCUACAAAUGGGCCGAUGUCCGGUCCGUAGCAUCUUUCCAGAGGCUCUUGUCUUGCUUGAGAAAAAGCAGCACCUGCUUGGCUUCAUGUUCGAGAACACUAUACCGCUGGAUGAUGCUGUUCAAGGCUAUGCCUUGUUCGAUGAGAUGAAGGUCCAGAAGGUUAUUUUCAAGCCAUGAGACACGUAGAUUGGAUGAAAGGACGAAGCAUGUUGUUUCUGAACGGAUCAGGUGAGGAACCUGUGAUUUAAGCAAUCUGUUGACCCGAAGAAGGGCGUCUCAGAGUGGCAAGGGAAAUAGAGCUAACACGUGAAGCGUUGUUGUAUUGACCCUU